AUGCGCGCCGUUACGGUCACAGUGACACUUUCAUUCUGUGCUAAUACUUGGGCCUUUCUGAAAGCCAGUCAAAAUAAUCAGAGUCUCACUAUUGCUAACGACCGGCUGAUUGCAUCGGUGAGCAAAUCAAAAGGAUAUAUCAAUGUUUUGACACUUGACGGCCAAAACCUUCUUGGAACGGAAUCUGGUAACACUGGUGUCGGACCGUAUCUCGAUUGCUACUGUACUCCGAGUGGUUUCUGGACACCUGGUCGUGGUAAGAAUGUUCAAUAUCAAUUAUUCAACGGCACCGACUCAACCGGCACUCCGUAUGGCGGUAUCAGCAUGGGAGAAACGUAUGCGCCUACCGGUCAACGGCUAGAACAAUACUGGUUCCUGAAAGAAGGCGAGACGGGACUUCACACUUUCAGCCGAAUAGUAUACCACAACGAAAGCACGCCGUUUUUGCGGAACCUGCAGGAGUUCCGGACUCUAUUCAGACCCAACCACGACCCUCCACUCUUCACCCACUUUGUCACCAACGACAAGUUUUCUGCGCCUCGUCCCGAUCUAAACGGACAAGUAGUGGUUCAAGAUGCCACCUGGCAGCUCGCCAACAAGGACGAUCCGUACGUAAAGGGUGUAGGAGACUACUUCACCAAGUACACCUUCCAAGAUAGCUGGCGCAACCACCUCGCCCACGGCAUGUACGCCGAUGGACGCAACACAAACGGCACCACCUUUGGCGCCUGGCUCGUCCACAACACCGUCGAAACCUACUUCGGCGGCCCCACGCACUCGGACCUCGUCGUCGACGGCAUCGUCUACAACUACAUGGUCUCCAACCACCACGGCGCCCAAACCCCCAACAUAACCUCGGGCUUCGACCGCACCUUUGGCCCACAAUACUUCCAUUUCAACACCCGUGGCACGCUUUCUGAACUGCACAAAGACGCCGAGCAAUACGGCCAGCGUCCAGACUGGAACGCCGCAUUCUACGACUCCAUCGCCCGCCACGUCCCGAAUCUCAUCACAUCAUCCUCCCGCGGCACCUUCGAAGCAAACAUCACCCUCCCCGCCGGCGCCCAGAACCCCAUCGCCAUCCUCACCGCCACCGGCCACAACUACCAAGACAACGCCGCAAACAGCACCGCAUACCAAUACUGGACCCCGAUCCCUUCUUCCGGCCACAUAUCCAUUCCCCGCGUAAAACCCGGAUCCUACCGCCUAACCCUCUCAGCAGACUCCAUCUUCGGCGACUACACGCACGACACCAUCUCCAUCUCCCCCUCGCACACCACUUUCGCCAGCGCAACCUGGACGCCCGAAUCCGCAGGAAAAGAGCUCUUCCGCAUCGGAACCCCGGACAAAUCCUCGGGCGAGUUCCGCCACGGCGCCGUCGCAUCCCCCACCUUCCCGCUGCUGACAGAGGAAUACAGACUCUACUGGGCUGCCUACGACUUCAUCGCCGAUUUUCCCGCCGGCGUGACGUUCCAGGUGGGCAAAGACGAUGAGGCUACCGCCCUGAAUUACGUCCAUUGGUCUGUCUUUGGCGGAAAGGCGAAUAGCGUGCGCCCCGUGCCCGUGCCGGAUCAUGUGUAUGAUUGGACGUUGCGCUUCGAUUUGGAGGAGGUGGUGGUAAGCGGGAAGAAGGCGACGUUUACGGUGCAGCUGGCGGGUGCGAAGACGGCGGCGGGGAAUACGGAUUUGGAUACUGGGGAGACGUGGGCGAAUUUACCGUUGAGUGUGAGUGUUAAUGGUGAGGAGUUGGAGGCUUGGGUUAUUCCAUACUACCAGUCUUCCUCAUGUGCUGUUCGCUCAGCAGUCUCGUGCUAUCAUUUAUCGCACAAAUUCGAGUUUUCUGGGGAUUUGCUCAAGGAAGGGAAGAAUGAGAUUGUCUUGGGUUUGCCGUAUAAUGCUACGGGAAACGAGAGUGCGCUACUACCCGAGGCAGUGUAUGUGCAGUAUGAUGCGUUGAGGUUGGAGGUGGAGUAAGAUUGAUGCAGAUUAUCUUGUUUUGUUGUAGAAAAAAAAAGCUGGAUGUGUUGGUGGGAAGUGGAUGAAGAUCAUAACGUGUGACCGAGAGGUGGAAGAAACGGCUUCAUUCGCUUUGUCAUGUGUAUGGACUGGUGCUGUAGUAUGCAAAUUAGUAACACUCCUCACACAUAUCCACAUUAAACAUACGAGACACAU